CAUUUUCUCAAAACUAGAUCUAAACAUUUGGUUUAUAUACAGUAAUUAUUUGGAAGAAAUAUGUCGUCCUCGACUGAGCUGUGUGGAAAGCUGGAGACAAAUGUAGAAAUCAAAGCUCCAGCUGAGAAGUUCUACCAUAUUUUCAAGCACACUCCCCACAAUGUUCAUAAUCACACUGAAAACUUUCAUGGUUGUGAAUUACAUGAAGGUGAGUGGGGUACUGAGGGAUCCAUCAUUUGCUGGGAUUACUUUCAUGAUGGGAAGAAAAGGGUAUCUAAACAAAUAGUAGAAGCUAUAGAUGAUGAGAAGAUUUCGAUCACUUUCAAAUGUAUUGAAGGUGACCUUAUGGAGCAUUAUAAGAACUUCAAAAUAAUACUUGUAGUGACUCCUAAAGCUGAGGGUGAAGGCAGCAUUGUGCAUUGGUGUUUCGAUUAUGAGAAGCACCAUGAUGAGAUUAUAGACCCACACACAUUGAUUGAGCUGGCAAAUGAGGUCACCAAUGAUCUCGCGAGUCACCUUGCUCAGGCAUAAAAAGAAAACAAGCUUAAUAUGUGUGCGUGCAUUGGUUGAGCUUGCAGUUGUUACUAUACAUAUAUAAUAAUUUACACUCAUGAAUAUGAUAUAUAUGAGUGUAAGGAUUGUAAAAGUACGUAUCCUACUGUCGCUUUUAUGAUUAUUGUGUGUGCGCUUUUCUGGAUUUUACAAUAAUCGCCAUUUUCAAUAGCCCAAGUAUAUUAUAUAUUUGGGCCAUUGUCUAUAAUCCAUGUCCUUGUAUAUUAUUUGGUGUGAAGUAUAUGGGUUUCACUUUUCACUUUGGCGAUA